AUGACCAAUACGUUCGUGUACGAAGAGCUAGACCUCGAGAGCCGAUCCUUUCGUCUCAUCCGACUCUGUAGAGGAGAUGAGGGUCCGACAGAGUGCGAGCUCCUGCAUGCCUAUGUCGGCGACGACAACGAUGGUAUGGAAUACGAGGCUCUGUCAUACACAUGGGGAGACCUUGCCAAGCCAUGCAAUAUCAAAGUCAACGGCCAGGUGAUGCACAUUACCAAGAAUCUGUCUGAAGUUCUCGAGCACUUGCGUCUCGAGCACGAAGACCGCUUUCUGUGGAUCGACGCUCUAUGCAUCAAUCAAGACGACUACAAAGAGAGAGGCCAUCAGGUACGACAGAUGGCAUCUAUCUACGAACGAGCUAGACAAGUCAUCUUUUGGUUAGGCACAGCUACCGUGGAAACGAACCGUGCCUUCCACCUCAUGCAACUGUUCGGAAAUGAGAUGCUCAAUCAUCCUUGCAAUAAUUGGCAGCCAAGUGACGAGCGCUGGCAGUUUUUGUGGUCGAACGUACUGCUACAGGUGCAGAAGGACACCUGGGUUGAUGAAGUCAUAUAUCGAGCCGAUUUUAUGACUUUACUGUUUAGAGAUUGGUUUGAAAGAAUCUGGAUCAUACAAGAAGUGGUCAAAGCACGAUCAGCAAGGGUUGCUUGCGGUACAGAAUCAGUUUCUGCGCGUGUCUUUGCACUUUUCCCAGAAGUAUUGAAGAUUCGACCACUAGAACGAUGUCAGGCCGUGCUGGACAUAAUGCCAGGGCCCUCCCGCAAAUUCUCCUGGUGGUUAGUAAACCAAGACCUGGAGACUCUACUGCGCAAAUUCCAAAGUAGUAAGGCAUCUGACCCUAGGGACAUGGUGUAUGCGCUGCUCGGCAUCUGCUCAAACGCACACGGCGCACACGCCCCAAAUCCUGACUACACCAAGACUUUGCAAGAACUGAUUCAUAUCACUAUAGCCUUCUUGCUAAGACUACAGGAUGUG